AUGUGUCACGUUGCCGAGCAGAAAACCCUGCUCAAUUCCGACAUUAGUCCAUUACGGAAGAUGAGAUGGUCCAAACCACCAUCCCCGAGACGCGCAUUACAACCUACACUUGAUGUUCCUGUAUAUGGUACCAUUAUCAUGGCAUUAAAAACGAGAGGAGGAACCGAAUAG